AUGGCAUACGAAAACGCAAUCCCGAUUGGCGUCAUUAUUGGAUUCGUGUCUACCAUCGUUAUUCUGAUUCUCAUUCUGCGCUGGCUCAAGCACAAGAACAACCAGAAGGAAGCUCGUGAGAAGGAUAUCGAGGCAGCCAAGGUUGAGGCUUCUGCAUUCGAUGAUGGAGCAUCAGAUAUCUUUACACCAGCAGCGUCACCCAGAGAUGCUCUGUUCAAGCCAAAUGCGCAUGAGAAUGGUUCUGUCAUGAAUGUGCAGACUGUAUCGCACAAGACUGAGAAGGAGUGGAGAGCUGCCAGACAGGCUCAAGGGCAAGCAUGA